GGCGAGGCGACUGUUCGUGCUCCCCCAGGAACGCAGCUUCUUCCAAGCGUUGCGCACAGAGCUUUCCACCCCGCCCCGACCCGGUCACCCGCGGCCUCGCUAGCUACUGCUAUAUAUAACACCAGCGCGGCUGCACGGCGCUCCGUGCUCCAGCCACCACCACGGCAACCCAGCAAGGCGAGCUCCUCUGGUUCAUAACUUUCUUCUUCACCGACCUCGGCACACCUCCACCGAGAACAAGCAAGUUUUCAAGCUCUCGAGCACAAAACCUGUCGUGGCCGCAGCUGGUUGGCAACCAACGGUUUCAGAAAUGAAGGUGGCACUGUGCAGCAAAAGAUCGUGAUCAAGGUGCAGAUGAGCUGCGACAAGUGCCGGGCCAAGGCGAUGGCGCUGGUGGCGGCGGCCGGCGGCGUGGACUCCGUGGCGAUCGCCGGCGCCGACAGGGACCAGGUCGUCGUCGUGGGCGAGGGCGUCGACUCCAUCCACCUCACCGCCGCGCUGCGCAGGAAGGUCGGGCCCGCGCACAUCCUGCAGGUCGGCGAGGACAAGAAGGACGACAAGAAGAAGCCGCCGCCGGCGCCGCCCGUGCCCGACUACUACCCGUGGUGCUACCCGCCGCCGCCGUCGCAGCCGGCCGGCUUCCUCUCCGACCCCUACGGCUACGGGUACGCCUACCAGACGCGGCAAGAGAGCAGCGGCUGCUCCAUAAUGUAGAUUGUACAUUUGUAUCUGUACUUGUAGAGAGAAGGCAACAAUCCACACAUACGUACGUAUGUACGGGCUAGUAUAUGUACUUGUAGAGAGAAGGCAACAAUCCACACAUAUACUUCUUUUUUUUAAGGGAAUCCAUACAUAUACCUGAUACAAAGAUUGUAGUUUUCUUUUCUUUUCUAGCGGUACUCUAAUUUGUGAAUGAAACUCUUGGAUUUUCUUGCACU